CACUCACUCGGUCACUCCCCCAUCUCAAUUCUCCCACCCGGCCGCCGGCACCACACGCGCGCUCCGGGAGCCACAACGACCGAUGGCGAGGGCGCGCCUCCCUCUCCUCCUCCUCCUCCUCGUGGCGUUCCUCGCCGGCACAGGCUCCACGGCGGCCCGACACGCCGCGCCCGCACCCGCGUCCGCGCCCCGGGCGUCGCCGUCCAUCUCCGCGGCGCCCGAGUACGGGGCGCCGCUCCCGCGCCUCCCGAACCAGCACCAGCGCCCCUCCGCGCUUGCGCCGUCGCAGGCGCUGGCGCCGGACAUAAUGCCCGUGCUGCCGUCUCCGGCCGAGGACGGCGCCGCGCCGCCGCCCGACGCGGACGAGCCCACCAUCCCGUCCAGCCCCAGCCCGCCCAACCCGGACGCGCUGGAGCCCGCGUGGGCGCUGGCGCCGUUCGGCUCCGCGCCCGCCGUCGCCGCGCAGUCCCCCGCCGCCGCGCCGGCCCCGGCGUCGGCGCUCGUGCUGCUGGCCGUGCCGUGGCUGCUGCUGGUGGUGGUGGUGUAGCGGUUCGGUCUAGCGGCGUGCGCGACCUGCCUGCCGUGGACCACGCCGGCCUCUCCACACAGCUGCUGCUCCUCGUGGAUCAUGUCAUGUGCAUGUCUCGGCGGCAGGCGUGCAGGGUGCACGGAAAAAGGUGGUCCUCGCGGGUUGGUCGGCCUCGGCCGGGCUGGCUGGCUCUGCAGCUCGCCUUGCCGCCACUACUCUCUGCGUCCUCGUGAAGAACUGCUGCUUCUGCUGCUACAUCUCAUCAGCUUUUACUUCUCUAUAUCUCCUGUAAAUCUUAGCUUACUUUUCGGGUGGGGUUACGGCCGGCGAUUUCGCUAUAGACUUUUUUUGUUUUGUUUUUAACUUUUGUUCAGCGGAGAUUAUUAUUUGGGUGAUUCUUGCAGUAAAACUGGACGGGUGGUUCCGUAUUCGUGCUA